UGCAUGUGUUCAGAGAGCAGAGCGGUUGUUCAGGGCACUGAGCAAAGUUUGUGUUCGAUCUUGACGUUUUCCUUGGCUUCAAUUCAGCUCAUCAACGAUCGAGCUCUGUUGGGUUUGUGGAGGACUGUAUCACAUCGACCAGCGCUGAAUUUUUAGUUAGCUUUAGCACCGUCUUCAGGCGGUGUAAAGAAGGCUGUGGUUGUGUAGUAUCACACGGGAACAUACAGUUGUGAGUUGACUGAAACUAGUCUUGAGGUCAGUUUCUCGACUCUGACCGUAGAUUUCCAGUAGCUGGUUUGGACGUCGUUGUUGCUGCUCGCGAUGUCUCUGGAAGACCCGUUCUUCUCCGUCAAAAAAGAUGUACAACAAUCACUGAGCAAUGCACAGAGCCUAUACAGCCGCUGGCAGGGCCUACUGAAUGACUCCAGCAAGGCUGGUGGACAGGAAUGUGAAUGGGUAGCCAACGAACUCCGCAAUGGUCUCAAGUCCAUCGAGUGGGAUUUAGAGGACCUGACGGAAACGAUCAGUAUCGUGGAGAGCAACCCAAGCAAGUUUCGACUCACACCGCAGGAGAUCGACCAGAGGAAAGCCUUCAUCUACGGCACCCGGGAUGAUGUGAAGCAAAUGAAGGAACAUCUCAGCAGCGCACAAGCGAAAUCUAAAGUAGAGCAAUCAGCGAGAAAGAACUUGAUGGGUAACUCUUCGGGGAAGAAGACGAAAGAUCGCUACACACGUCUUGACAACGCUCUGGAGGAUGACAAUCAGGAGUUCAUCGAGUCACAUCAGCAACAACAGCAGGUUGAAAUGGAACGGCAAGAUGAACAGCUGGAGAUGGUGGGACAGUCGGUCAAGGUGCUGCGGAACAUGGGCGAACAGAUUGGUGGUGAAUUGGAAACACAGAACCAGAUGUUGGAUGAGUUUGGUGAUGAAAUUGACCAGACCCAGUCUAAACUGGACAGCACGUUAAUGCGGAUGGAGAAGGUGCUUCGCUUGACAAAUGACAAGCGGCAGAUGUGCGUAAUCUUUGCGCUUCUCGUCAUGCUCGUGGUAGUUGUUCUGCUCUUUGCGCUGACGUAAAUCACCGCAGCAGCAGCUCUACUACGCGUGAUUGUCGCUGUCGUCCUACGCGUUGUCCCUUGAUCUGUAGUAUGUCUAUACCUGUGCUGCUGUGAAGAGACUGGGAGGUGUGUGUGUGUGUGUGUGUGUGUGUGUGUGUGUGUGUGUGCGUGUGUGUGCGUGUGUGUGCGUGUGUGUACGAUAUACCACCGCCGUGUGCAGCACGUAGUGGCUAUCGUAUAGUUCUAACCAAGUGGCUGUUCUUUGGUUGAUGAUUGUUAGUGAUACGGGUAACCAUCGUUGUAACUACACAGGAAAACAACCGCUGGUCAUGGCUGUAUCUAGUAAUAUCAACAACGGCAUGCACUAUUGUGUGUGUGUGUGUCUCUCUCUCUCUCUCUCUCUCUCUCUCUCUCUCUCUCUCUCUCUCUCUCGCUGUACUGGGGACAUUCUCAUCCUCGCAUCCCUGCCGCUUCUCUCCUAUGUGUGUGUAACUUAUUCUCGGUGCCCGUGUCAGCAAGAAGCAGAGCCGUGUAGUUUCGGCCACAUCUGCUGCUCUGCUGUUAGAGCUGUGGCUGAUGCUGUUUGCGGUGGUUUGCUUUCCCAGAGGUUAUCGUCCAUGCCCAGCGUCUGUUUGUAGUUGUGUUCGGUGUGCCGUCCGUGUGUGUGUGUGUGUGUGUGUGUGUGUGUGUGUGUGCUUUCAUUGCUUUGUUUUCGCCAGUGUCGCCUGGCACGACAUUUUCUUUGAUUCAAUAGCUUCUGCUACCCUUGUGAUUCUGUACAUUUACCCCCCCCCCCCCCCCCCCCCGGCCCUGCCCCCUCCCCACACCCUUAUAGUCGUGUGUACACACCGCCUAUGUUACCCUGCCCCUGCCCCCCCCCCCAUACCUGUAUAGUUGGUAUGUACAGGCAGCACAUAGCUGUGCCCAGAGCGCUCUCCCUCUCUCUCUCGACGCAAAUAUAUCGCUAGGAGUAGUAGUGCUUCUUUUUCCAGCAUCUAUAACGUUGUCUACGAUCUUCUUCUACUUCUCCUUCUAACAUUUACUACUGCCAAAGUUUUUACUCCAUUGUAUUCAUGAGAGGGAAUUGUCAUGCUUUAUGAUUAUGCUAUUUUUUCGUAUAGUGCAUGCGGUGCGUGAGUUAGUGUUUAAUCUUUUCAGCGAUGGCUACACAUUCCAGUGCUGAGCUGCGGGUGGUGCUGUGCUCUUUUCUUUAGAUACACUCACACACACCAGAGAGAGGCAUGUUGAGAUGAUUUGAAUCUUU